UGUGCACCACUAGUUGAUUAAAAAAAAGUUGAUAAAAUUUUCUACAACGUUGGACAAAAUUUUUACUCCACAGACUUGAAAUUUACACAACAACGUUGUGUAAUGUUUGCUUUGGUCAACCUUGCGCAAAACUUGAUAUUUUUGUUGACUAAAUCUAAUUUUCAUCAUUAUUGGGCAAUUAGUUCCCAAAAGUUGAAUAAUUUUUACUCAACACUUGUAAAAGAAUUGGCUUUUUGAAGGUAGUGUAAAAUUCAGCCAACUUUCAGUUUACUUUUUACACAAUAGUUGUGUAAAGUUUACUCUCGCGACGUCGCGUCUCAAAAGCAGCGUGGAUGGCGCCACUUAUAUACUGACGGUUGACGAAAGGAUUGUCAGGAAAUUAAAUCCUUUCUCUUUUCCUGUAAUUUUCCACCAAAAUGACCGAAAAUUUGGAAAAAGCUUUAAAAAAUACCGGAUUAAUCCAAUAUAAGGACAAGUUCCAAGAGAACGAUGUCGACGACACAAUCUUCUUCAAGUUGUUGGAUAGUGCCGCUGGGUCAGUGGAAGAACGUUUGUUGGCAGAAAUAAUUCCGUCCGUUGGUCACCGAUUUAAAUUAAUUUCAGCUGGUAGAGAGUUAGAUAAGCAGACUUUUGAAACUGACCAGCGAGCACUAGGAGAUAUGCCGGACGUUAUUUUGGGCAAUUCCAGCGAUAUUGAUUCCGGAAGUCGACACCGUCUUCCUAACGAGAGUGGACCGGAAGUUGAAAUUUCGUUUUUAUCUUUCGAUCCCCUAUUCGAUAUUAAGCAAAUCAUCUUAAGUUCUGACCAGGAAAAGGGGACAAAAAAGGGAGAGAAAAUCUUGCAAGAAUGUUUGGAAUCCAACGCCAUCACAUUUGAAGUAAAAAGUCUGAUUAAACGACGAAUUGUUAAUUAUCUUGUGAAGCAAUAUACUUAUUUUCCGCCCAAAAACGUAAAGCAAAACUUGGCAGAAUGUGUAGCAGCACAACUUUUUCAAAACUUAAGGCUUGAGCAACAGAGAGACAUUGUGAAUCUUUUUUACCGCGAGUCCCGGAUAAUUAAUUAUAAAUCAGAUCUUCAUAAACGAACUCCUGCGUCAGGAUUACUUGAAGAUCGAUUGAAAUAUUUAAGGAGGAAGCACCAAUGUGGGAGGGCAAGUAUUCCCAAGGUUGUUAGCAGUUUAAUGUCGGAAAGUCCCUGGGAGAAUGAACAGGAAAAAAAGUCGUGGCUUUGCUACUCAUCUACUCCCUUUGAUCAAGUUGCCGAAUAUAUGGCGCAGACCUUCCGAUUGAGGUCAGAAGAGUUGCUGAAAACCGUUGACUUGUCGGAAACACUAAGCCAGUGGCCCCGGCUAAUUGAUACUCCGGGGAUGGUGAUAUUUUAAUUUCCAUCAGUUCAGUUCAAUUUAAUGCAAAAUUUAACUAUUUGCUACAUGUAUUGUUUAAUAGAUUGACCAAGAUUUCUCGCCACGACACCCGGGCGUAGGUGAAACUAUGCUUCAUAAGUGGGCGUCAAUUUCUAAGCAAAUUUGGAAGUUUGCAAAAAAUGCAAUACUGGACGUUCCCCGGGAAAUUGGAAUUAUCCAUAACAUUAGUGACUGGUCUGAAG